AUGACAAUGUCAACCGAAGAUAUCAUCGCCAGGCAUAGGAAGGAGAAAAGGGACCAAAUUGCACUUAUUACAAGGAUGAAGAAGCAGAGCACUAAGUCAACCAAAAAGGAAAUCAUGAAACAAUGCUCUCUCUUGGAAGAAGAGCUACAGGCAAGACAUAAGAAGGAGUUAGGUGAGUGCAAGACUGAAAAUUCCGUCGAGAGAAGUAGUGAGCCUACUGACGAAAAAUCAAAUGGUGGAGAACUUUUUUCCCCUGAAAAGUUAUUAUCAAUGAUGACUUUAAAACAGCAAGGAACUCCAAGUGAGAAUCAAGGAAACGCAACUGUUCCAAAGAGAAAACGCAAUAGGCAGAAGGACAGAUUAGCUAGAAGGGAAGUUGCCAUUAAAGAGAUGCAAGCAGCAGCAGCAAAAGAGGCUAACCUCCAAACAAAUUUCAAAGAGAUAGAAUUGAACAACAUAAGCCAACUGUGCCAAGUUGCUCACCUGGAACCAUAUGAUAUCCGACCUGAUGGGCAUUGCUUGUUUGCAUCUAUAAAAGAUCAGUUGGAGGUUCGGCACAAAAUUGAAAAUAUAAGUAUACAAGAUCUUCGGUCUCUGGCUGCGAGUCAUAUUAAAAAUGAUCCCGAGACUUAUACUCCUUUCCUUUUUGAUGAGAAUACUAUGAAAAUCAGGGACAUUGAUGACUAUGCAAACGAGCUGGAAACCACGGCUUUAUGGGGAGGUGAUAUGGAAAUUUUGGCAUUGAGCAAAGAGUUUGAUUGUCCAAUCAGUGUAAUGAUUAGUGGAAGACCUAUUCAUCUUGUCAAUGCCGACGGUUCUAAAGAGGAGUUGAAGUUGGUUUAUUACCGUCAUGCAUAUGGCCUAGGUGAGCAUUACAACUCUUUAAGAGAUAGAUCAGAGAUAAGGGAGUCUUGUAUAGUUGAGCAAGAGGAAAAAGAAGCGGUAGACGAUGGAAAAUCAUCUUCUUGA